CACUGCCCCACUUUGUUGUGCGGCAGCCUGGGAGCGAGCUGCGCCUGGUGCUGCUGGAUCCGCCGCGGCUCGGUGUCGGCAUGGAGUUCUUGCUGGGGAACCCGUUCAGCACCGCGGUGGGACAGCGGAUCGGUGAGCUGCCGUGGUUCCGUGACGCGCCGUUACGGUUCCGCUCCUGCGGACGGGGCCGUGACGCUGCAGUGAAUGCGCGUUAACGCGUUAGUGACCCGCAGCACAUCGACAUUCACGACGCGUUGAUUGAGACUGACAGCAGAGUUUACGCGUGACUGACGCGUCCUCCGCGCAAUGGUGCGUCCGAGGCGGGCGCAGGAGGCCGGACGCGCUCAGCCGUUGGUUCGACGCCUCCUGACCCCAAUUAGAUUUAGAUCAGACUGGGGCCUGAUGCUCGCGCGAGUGUCAACGAGGCAGAUGGCAAAUACACAGUACUACUAAUAUUAUUAAAGGAAAUGACGCAGCACGUUAUAGUCUGAUGUUACUAGAAUGUCACUGCAUGUUAUUGUAGCUGUUUGAAACCAGGUUAACUCACACAAUAAUAAUUAUUAUUGUUAAAGAGCGUUAAUUACUAAAAGCAGAGAGCUCCGUGGUUUGAACUGGACCCUGAAGCUCAUCGGGAUGAGGGAGGGUUCUGCGUCAUAAGCUGGGGAGGCUCGAGUCCAGUUCCUGGUUCUCUCCUUAGAUUCCUACACACGCUGAGCGUCCGUCACGUCUGCUGUCGGAGGUGCAGGUAUCAGGAACGAUGGCAGAUGCAAUGACAGCUGGACAAAUGGGUCAGAACAUGUCUAGAACCUGCAGCUCCUGUUCGGGUUCUGGUCAGUAACUAAAGACGAAGGAAGGCUGGCCCUUGUGGUCCGAUCCAGCUGCUACUGCAGCUGGUUCUGGUAGCCUCAGACCAGUUAGGAUGCCCAUGGGUCCUUCCGGGUUCUGCUCAGGACUGUUUUGGCACCAACACAUUGUUGGGUCACGCAGAGCGUGUCUGUCCGUGUCCACAGAAGGCGCCACCUGCUCCAGCCUGCCGUCGGAGGACUGGGCCCUCAACAUGGAGAUCUGCGACGCCGUCAACAGCUCGGAGGAUGGGCCCAGAGACGCCGUCAGAGCCAUAAAGAAAAGGAUCGUGGGGAACAAGAACUUCAAGGAGGUGAUGCUGGCGCUGACGGUUCUGGAGACCUGCGUGAAGAACUGCGGCUACAGGUUUCACGUCCUGGUGACAACGCGGGACUUUAUAGAGGGGGUUCUGGUCCGAUCCAUCAUCCCGAGGAACGACCCUCCACUGGUCCUGCACGACCGGGUUCUGAGCAUCAUUCAGGCCUGGGCCGACGCGUUCCGCAGCUCGCCGGACCUGACGGGCGUGGUGUCGGUGUACGAGGACCUGCGGAGGAAGGGACUGGACUUCCCCAUGACGGAGCUGGACGGGUACUCGCCAGAACAGACGGCGCCAGGGAACGGACCUGCUGCCAAAGCCCGGCUCGUCCCACCACAGACCUCGGAGCUCAGACCGGGCCCGGAGGGAAGCGGCGCCUUCACUCCCAGCCAGGUGAAGAAGCUGAAGGCAGAACUCGGCGUUGUCCGUAGCAACUUGGCCAUGAUGUCGGACAUGAUGAGCCAACUGGACCCGGUGACGGCGAAGCAGGCGGACGCGGAGCUGCUGGAGCAGUUAUACACCGUGUGUAAGGACAUGCAGAACCGGAUCGCCCGGGUCGUGCCCCGGCUCAGCGAGGAGAAGCUGAUCCAGGAGCUUCUGGCCACCAACGACGAGAUGAACUCGGCCUUCACCCGGUACCACAGGUUCGAACGGCGCAUGACAAACGGUCAGAACUCGACCCAUAAGAGCCACUCGUACGCCGACCUCAGCGCCGAGUCUGUCAGCUCCUCGGGUGUCGGAACCAGAACCAGCUCCAUCAGCCAUUCCAAGUCCGACAGCCUGUCCGGCCACUUGGCCAAACUCAGUACGAGCGAAUCAGACGACACGUUGUCGCCGCAGACGCAGAGGCGGAGUGACCAGUGUGACGCCGCCGACGGACGGACGCAGGACGACAGACGAGCGAACGCUGCAGCGCAGGAGAGUCCAGCCUCCACGCGCAGCUGCUCUCCCCCGUUAGACUGGAUGCUUAAGCGGGGCAUGAUUCCCAUCAGCCAGUGCAGCGUCAUGGACGAUAUCGAGAAAUGGCUGGAGCUGGAUGACGAGUACGACGAGUUCGAGGACUCUGACGGAGUGACCAGCGCAGAGUUUGACAGGUUCUUGGCCGAGAGGGCGAGAGCCGCCGAGCGUCUGCCGUCGGUCAGAGCUCCGUCACAGGACGUCCACGGCUCCGAGUCUAGAAGCUGAGACGCGAUUCUGGUUCUGAGCAGCUGAAGACAAACUAAUUCUAAUAAUACUUUACUUGACGUAGGACAGUGGAAGCAAACGUUUGCACAUUUUAUAUUUGAUGGACGUAGAUGACGUGUUAUAUUAAUGAAUGAAUGAAUGAUGCUAAGUAGCAAACACUGUAUCUGAACCUGUUACAUGACCUUUGACCCUUUGUUGGUGUAGAAAGGAACAAAAGUGAAUUUUUACCUCCAGCUUUUUGUUGUUAAGAUAUUUAAUUUGAUAUUUAUGGCAGAUGUUGUUUAUUAAAUUCCAGCUGUUAACUGCU